AUGGCGAAAGUUACGUCCGAGGCUUUCCGUAUUGGGUCUGGUGUUACUGUUCUGAACGCUAACCCCGAUAGUACAUGGUAUAAUGGUAAUACCACAGACAGCAUUGAGAGCUGUAACCCCGUUAACUUUUUUGGUAAACUGGACGGUUUUUCAUUCCCUGUGUACACUACAACAUCAUGUCCCAGGAACCAAUCAGGAUGGAGAAAUAGGUCACAUGACAUAAACUGUACAGAGAGUAAUGGAUACAUGUGUAUACCUAACGAGAACAUUACACAGCUGUUGGAGUUUUGUUACAGACAUCCAAGGAUUCCUAUUGAAAAGUAUAUUUGUUUGAUACUAAAGAAAACAACGUCUCUUGUUGAAGCCUACAGCUGUAAACAAUUUAGAAAUGGGUGUCCAGAUAAGCAGUACUGGAGUAAUGAAAUCUUCCAAUAUCCAAGUUGCCUAUCUAUUGGAAGUAGAUGUUUUCUUGAUGAGCCUCUCUGUAAAAAUGAAGGAAUUGCUACCAUUGGACCUUUAGAAACCAAAAUCACUCAAGGUACAACAAACGGCUACUUUGGAUCGACCAUCUUGAAUACAAGUUUAGGAAGUACCCCCAUCCCAGAUAUCGACAGAAAUUAUACAUGGGUUUGGAUCCUAGUUAUAGGAGUAUUUGUGCUGAUUGUAUUCACACUAGUAUGCGCGAUUAUAUUCAUCCUCAGAAGAAGAAAUCAGGAGACUGUAGGCGAGGGGCAAAAGGAGGAGGAGGAGACAAUUCUCCUUAAAAUGAACAGGUCGGGAGAAAGAGAAUUUUUGAACACAGCCCUAUUGUGA